CUAAUCCUGCCGCCUGUCCGGCCUCGGCUCUGUCCCUGCCCGCCGGCCCGGGCCGCUGCGCAUCCCCUCGCUGGCCUAGAGCCUGUGCGGACGGACGCACGGAGCCGGGCGAGAGCGUGGUCCCCAGAGGCGGGGGGCGGGGACACUCACUGGCCCGGCCGUUGAAGGUCUGCGCAGUCGGGGCAUUCUCUGCGUCCCACCAUGGUUCUGAGGAAGAAACUCAAUUGUUUAUGGACCUUAAGUCUCUGUCUAGUAGCCAGUAAAUCGCUUCCCAAAGUCCCCUCCAUCACAGACCAGAGUUUUAUAGACGCUUGCGUCAAGAGUCACAACGAAAUGCGUGGCAAAGUCGAUCCCCCCGCGGCCAACAUGAAACACAUGACUUGGGAUGAAGGUUUAGCGCAGAUUGCUGAGGCAUGGACAAAGAAGUGCAAAUUCCAACACAACACCUGUUUAUCAAAAUCAUAUGAAUGCCAUCCAGCUUUUCAAUUUGUUGGAGAAAACAUGUGGUUAGGUGGAUUCAGAAUAUUUACACCAAAAUCUGCUGUUGUUGCCUGGUGUAAUGAAAAUAAAUUUUAUGAUAUUAAUAGUCCGUCAUGUUCCAGAGUUUGUGGCCACUAUACACAGGUAGUUUGGGCCAAUUCAUAUAAACUUGGUUGUGCAGUUAGAAUUUGUCCUAACCUUAGGGGAGCUGAAACUGCAGUAUUUGUAUGCAACUAUGGACCUGCUGGAAAUAUUCGAAAUGUCAUCCCUUACACUAAAGGAGCCUCCUGCUCUAUGUGUGCAGCAGGAGACACUUGUGCAAAGAAGCUCUGCCAUAAUAAAGAACGUGACAAACUUCAAAAGUAUCCCAACUGGAAACCACCUGGGGAAGCACCUCCUCAGACAGCGUAUAAACUAUUGUACCUAGUUAUUGUUCUUCCAAGAAUAGUUUAACUGUUAUUUACAUACAAGAGAAAUUCGAAAGACACAACAAUAAAGGAACUAAAUG